GGUAGAUGGCGCGACCGGCUGACAGCUGACUGAGCUGACUUGAUUGACACAACACCAAAGAAGUAAUUUUGUUAUACAAAACGCAAUUUGUGAUGUAAAAUGUUAAAAUAAAUAAAACUAAAUCGGGACACAUACAUAUCUCUCGAAAUACCAAAAAAUGCCUUCCGCAUUGCAUUGUUGAUUCUCUUAAUAUCGCAUUUCAAGUACAAGUAGAUCUGCCAUGGAUAAUUCCAUUUGAUGAAAAUCCCAUUACUACGCCUACUAAUAAAACUUCGGCAAAAUCGUGUAGAGUUAAUUAAAUAAUUAAGUGAUGACCAGAGGUUGAUUGUUGAUAAAACGUUUGAAUCAUUAACAUUAUCAAUAAAGCGUCCAUGUACUCCUAAGCAUGCAGCCCCGAUCGAGCGCUCGAAAAUGAUAGAAAGCGUGUCUAAGAGGGCUUUCGGCGGUUCGAGUGGCACCUACAACGUACACGCUUUAGAGCUGGCCGCCGCCAGGGAGAGAAAAUCGAAAACGCUCGGCGUCACCGUGAAAUUUCUCGACGACAGCGAGCGCGUUUUCAGAUUGGAGAAACGGGCGAAGGGCUCCGAUUUGCUCGAGCGAGUCUUCGAUCACCUCGAGCUGAUCGAAAAGGACUACUUCGGCUUGAGGUGUUGUGAUAAUGACAGCCAAUGUUUAUCGUGCAUGCGUUGGCUGGAUCCGUCCAAACUGGUAAAGAAGCAGCUCGGCACGCGCCAACAUGUCUUGUAUUUUAGAGUUAAGUUUUAUGUAUCCGAUCCGAGUAAGCUGCAAGAAGAGUACACCAGAUAUCAGUUUUAUUUGCAACUAAGAAGGGAUAUUUUAGAAGGGAAAUUACACUUACCGCCCAGCACUGCCAUAUUAUUAGCUAGUUAUACAGUACAAUCCGAAUUAGGCGAUUACCAACCGGAGGAACACGAAGUCAACUAUUUAUCAGACAUGUGCCUAAUUCCCAACCAAACGGAGGACCUCGAAAGGAAGAUAACGGAGCUCCACAAACUCCACAAGGGCCAAUCGCCGGCAGACGCCGAAUUCAAUUUCCUGGAUCACGCCAAACGGCUCGAAAUGUACGGCGUGGAACUGCACAAAGCCCGCGACAACACCGACAGGGAGAUCCGCCUGGGCGUCACCCACUCGGGCCUCGUCGUCUUCCAAAACAACGUGCGCAUCAACGUCUUCUCCUGGUCCAAAAUCAUGAAGAUCUCCUUCAAGAGGAAGCAGUUUUUCAUACAGCUCCGUCGCGAACCGUCGGAAUCGUACGAUACGCUGUUGGGCUUCAACAUGGAAACCUACCGCUCCUCGAAGACGCUGUGGAAGUCGUCCGUCGAACAUCACACCUUCUUCAGGCUGCACUCGCCGCGGGCGCGGCGCCGUUUUCCCUUCUCCCUCGGCUCCAAGUUCUCGUACUCCGGUCGCACCGAGUACCAGACGUUGGCGGAGGCGCGCCGGCGCAGCGGCCUCGAACGGAAGUUCGUCAGAUCGUCCAGCAGGAAUUUGAGUUCUCCGGCCAUACGAUCGAGUACCGUGGAGGAUAAAACGAAGUGUACGAGGACUUCGGGAAGUUACGCUCACAAAGUUACAUCGUUGGAUACGAAAGAACCGAAGAAAGCUUGGACUGAGGAUACUAGAAUACCGGAUGAGGACUCGUGUUACGCGGACAAGCCGGCCGAAGGGCCCUUCUCGCCGGGCAUCGCCGGUCGCAUAAUGUCGUACGCGGACGACGAGGAGGCGCCGGCGUCGCCGACGUCGAACGGCCUCUACGACACGCCGCCGUACAGCCCGAGCCACUCGCCGGCGACGGCGCGCUCCCCCGCCGACGUCGACGCCGUGACGGUGGCCAUACGGCCGGACGCCGACGGCAAGUACGGCUUCAACGUGAAGGGCGGCGACGGCGCGGAGGCGGCCGUGCUGGUGUCGCGCGUCGCGCCCGGCACGCCGGCCGGCGAGAGCGUGCCGCGGCUCACCGAGGGCGAUCGGCUGUUGCGCAUCAACGGCAAGGACGUGUCGCGGGCGCGCCACGAGGAGGUCGUCGAGCUGAUACAGGAGGCGAGGCGGUCCGAUUCCGGUAAAUUGGUGCUGGUGGUGAAGCCGAGCGCUUACCAAGCGUACGAAGGUGACUUCGAGGAGCCGCCGUACCAGUACGUGCCGGUUGGCGGAGCGGAGCCCCCUUCGCCCGGUAACGCUCUGCAACAGAGCAUGUUGUUGCUGGCUGACGGUCUGGCUAGCGGAGCGCUGAUCGCUCAAUACGAAACGUUGUUCAGGAAGCAUCCCGAUUUGACGAGCAACGAAUCGCUCAAGGCCGACAACGUGAACAAGAAUCGCUACAGGGAUAUUCUACCAUACGAUACCACUCGAGUUGUGCUGAAAACCGUCGAUAACGGCAGCGAUUACAUCAACGCCAAUUUUAUUGAUAUGAGCAUCUCGAAUACGGACGUGACCAAUCGCUACAUAGCCACGCAAGGUCCUCUUUCCACCACGGUAGAAGAAUUUUGGUCGAUGGUGCUGCAAGAGGAUUCCAACCUGAUAGUGAUGCUGACCACCCUGAUAGAAAAAGGCCGUUCGAAAUGCCACAAAUAUUGGCCGGACCUCGACGGCAUACUCACAUUGAAAGACAUCAUCGUGAAGUGCGUUAAAGAAGAGAUCGAUCAAUCGGAGAGCUUCGUGUUCAGGGACUUCGUGGUGGUCGAUGUGAAGGACAACGUUUCGAAGGAGAUAAAGCACAUGCAGUACGUGGCGUGGCCGGACCACGGGGUGCCCGAUUCCCCCGUGGAGUUCCUCGCGUUCACUGAGCGGGUGCGCGCCAACAGGGCGGAGGGCUCGCCCGUCGUCGUGCAUUGCAGCGCCGGCAUCGGACGCACGGGCGUCAUGGUGCUCAUGGAGACGGCGCUGUGUCUGAUGGAGGCCGGCGAGCCGGUGUAUCCGUUGGAAAUCGUCAAGACGAUGAGAGAGCAACGAGCCAUGAUGAUACAAAAUGCUAGUCAGUACCGUUUCGUUUGCGAAAGUGUUUUCGCUGCGUAUGAAGACAAAGUCAAUGAAAAGGCGGAGAGUUAGCGGGCGACGUGCUCGGACAAAAUAGGGUCUUGUAAAAAUAUACAUAUUGUAAGUUUUUUUAAACGUGUUGGGAGAUUUUUAUGAUGCUAUUUUUACAAUAUUGCAUAGGAAUAUUAAGGAAACAAAUGUGUAUUUUAUUGUUUUUUUUUUUUAAUAUAAAUUGUACGUUUUGUAUUGUGAUGAUUAUUAUUACUAUAUUAUUAUUAUAAGCCGUGGGCUGAUAUAUAAAUAAAUUUUUCAUUUAAUA